AUGAUAAAGUCUUUAUUAUUAACCUUAAUCAUAAUUUAUUAUUUUAAUAAAUACAAAUUUUUAUUAGCAGAUGAUCAUUUAUAUAAACAUUAUUCAAGACGUACAGUUAGUCAAAUUAAUUAUGAAAAUGAAACUUUAACUGAUAGUGAUGAUGAUAGCAAUGUAUGUCAUUUAUCUGUAAAAUGUCCAAGUGUAUCAAGAUUAUCUUCAUUCGAUCGAGAUAAUCGUAAUCGUCGUUUUACAGUUGAUACUUUCUUAGCAAUGCAUGGUCCUCCAGGACCACCAGGUUUACCAGGUCCUCGAGGUAAUUCUGGACCACGUGGCGCUGCUGGACCUCAAGGACCAGUUGGUCGAUCAAAAGAAUCAGUACCUAUUAUUGCUUUUGUUGCUUAUCUUCAAAAAAUGUUAUCAGUUGAAUCUAAUCGAUCAGAAACAAUCGUUUUUGAAAAUGCUGACAUCAAUGAAGGAAAUGGUUAUAAUCGAACAACUGGUAUAUUUACUGCUGUUUAUCGAGGCGUCUAUAAAUUUAGUAUGACAAUUAUGGCACAAAUGGAUUCAAUUGCUACUGUACGUAUUGUUCAUAAUGAAAAUAAUGUUCUUGGAAUGAUACGAUGUGAUUGUCGACGUCGUUUUUCACAUGUACGUGGUAAUGUUUAUGCUGAAUUAGAACCUAAUGAUCAAGUUAUGGUUGAAGCACUUGGUGAUCCAAAUAAUCCGGGACAAUCGGCACCUCGUAAUAAUAUAUAUGGAUAUACAUAUACACAUUUUAGUGGUGUACUUUUAUUUUUAACAAAUAGUUGA